UUGCCGCCAUACUCUCUCUUCCUCGCCGCAGAAUGUGCUAAUAAUGGAAGGGUGAUAUUUGCAUGAGUUUUUCAACGGGUUUAGUGAUUUAUGUUUCUUUGAUUUUCUUUAUUUCAAAUAUUCCACCACUCUGGAAAUGGCAGGGGGUGGUGGCAUUCCCCAGUGGUGUUUUUCACAAGUGAAGGGAACACUAGAGGAUGAGAUUCAUGAUGAGGACAUCAUCUCAUGUAUGGAGUUUGACCACGACGGUGAGCUGCUGGCUACGGGUGACAAGAGCGGCCGAGUGGUCAUAUUCCAGCGCGACCCGCAGUCUAAGACGCACAAGCCGCCUCGCGGCGAGUACAACGUCUACAGCACGUUCCAGUCACACACGGCGCGAUUCGACUCGCUCAAAUCGCUCGAUAUCGAGGCGAAAAUCAACAAGAUCCGGUGGCUCAAGCGCAAGAAUGCCGCCCACUUCUUGCUCUCAACAAAUGACAAAACAGUGAAGCUAUGGAAGGUGUCUGAACGGGACAAGCGGGAGGUGGGCUUCAACACGCGCGAGGACAGCGGCGUCCUCCGCGACUACAGCAGUAUCACCUCACUCAAAGUACCGCGGUGGGCGCCGAUGCGGCUGACGGUGAACGCGUGUCCGCGGCGGAAGUUCCGCAACGCCCACGUGUACCACAUCAACUCCAUCAGCGUCAACUCCGAUCAGGAGACGUUCCUCUCCGCCGACGACCUGCGCAUCAACCUCUGGCACCUCGAGGUCAACGACAAAAGCUUCAACAUUGUAGAUAUCAAGCCGAGCAAUAUGGAGGAGCUGACGGAGGUGAUCACGGCGGCCGAGUUUCACCCCACCGAGUGCAACCUCUUUGUGUAUAGUAGCAGCAAGGGCACCAUCCGGUUAUGUGAUAUGCGCCAAGCUGCCCUGUGUGAUAAACAUGCGAAAAGUGAGUACCGGGAGAGGGAGGCGCCGGUCCAACGGAUAUUCGUGGAUAAUUUACUAGCGACGGUUUUCGUUCGAGAUUAGAUUAGUUCUCAGCAUUGUUUUUCCUGUUCUGAGAGUCGUGAUAAUGAAUUCCAUUUGUCACUCGUAACAGAUGGAACUUUUCAGCUGCCAAUGUGUUGGUUGUAUCAACUGGUGUUUUGCGUCUGUGACCCGUGCUGCAUCUGCGAAGAGGCCCGUGUGUGAUGUACGCUUGACCUUGUUGAUUAAUUAUUUUUGUCGGUUGUUGACGUUUUACCUUUCCUUGUGGGGCGGGGCUUUUUCGUAUACCUUUACACCUACACCCGUCGUACUUUGAAUCGUGUUGUAUCAUGUCUGUUCUCUACUGACCCGCUGACCUGACCCU